AUGCAAGAAUUGUGGGCAUUAUUACAUUUUAUUAUGCCUACAUUGUUUGAUUCACAUGAUGAAUUCGCUAAUUGGUUUUUACGUGAUACUGAGUCUCAAGCCAGUGUUACAGCUAGAACUGGCUGUGGGGGAGCAGCGGGAGGAGGAAGUAUCAUUAGUAGCAGUGGAACUGGAUCUUUAAUAACUUCAAAAUUGAGUGAAAAUCAAUUAUCACGUUUACAUUUAAUUUUAAAAUCAUUCAUGUUACGUAGGAUAAAAACUGAAGUUGAACAUGAAAUAUCUACUAAGACUGAGAUUAUGUUAUAUUGUCCACUAAGUCAUUGA